GAUUUUAAGGGUAAUUCAGACACGAUGCUCACUACUUUUCUUUUGUCUUUCUAAGCACCGGAUACAACGUCACCAAUAUCACAAAGUGAAAAUCGAAUAAAUACGAACAUUUCACAACAUUUAUUUAUGACUCCACUGUGUUCUGAUGGUGAAAAUGUGACUGGUGUAUUCAAAUAUUACAUUUAAACAUGUUUUUUUGUUUGACUGCAAUGAUGGGCUAUACUUGCUAAUCUAGUGAGCACGCUAGUUUUUCUCAAAGACUCCUGAGAAAGUUUGAGUGCACUCGAUUUUUUAAUUAGUAGAUUCGGUCUGCACUAGAAAAUGGCAAACGCACUAUAAAGUGAUUGGGGGGGAAUUCGAACACAACCUAUGUCAGCAUGGUGUUGAGCACUGACUGAUGACAUCAUCACAUUGUCUGUAUGACAUCAUCAGAUGACAGACACUGUUGUCUUAUGUAACCUGUAGUGGUAUCAGUGACAUCAUCAUCCUGAUGAUGUCACUGAUUGUCUGUGUGACAUCAUCAGAUGCAAGACAUGUGAACAGUAGAGUCAUUAAUGACAUCAUAAUUCAUAUUAUUGCGCAUACUUGACAUCAUUAUGUCAGAAAAUUACAUCGUUAGAUGACCCUGUCAAAAGUCUUGAAGGCGCAACAUUUUUGCGUAGGGGUCAAAAUUUAAGCCAGUAACUCUAUCUCAAGUGCUUGAGAAGGAAACUAGCAAACAAGUCAACCGUGUCAAGCAAAAGGCAACCUAAAAUGGACACAGCCAGGGACAGCGUUGUUUGGAGUUCUUCAGACACUCCAAGGGAAUCAUCCUCUGCGGAGACCCCAAAAUUAGGUCCACAGAGGAGGAGAAAAGUGGGGCGCAAAAAAAGAUUUGCUCCACAAAUGGCUUUGAUGGAACAGGAGUUUUCCACGCCGGAAACGGAGAAUACCGUUACCAAAACAGUGGAGGAACCCAAGCCAACAAGCAAUAAACCAGCUCUCAUCAAAGAAACUUCCAUUAACAAAAGUGAAUCAAGUGGAAGUAGCGGUUCCAAAUAUGAUCAGAUGAGACAGAAGG